AUUCUGAAUGGAGCCAAAUUACCUGUGAAAGUAAAACUAACUGAAUACCGAUCACUUUAACGAUAAUAAGGGCACGUGAUACAAUUCAAAAUGGAUAAAACAAGGCGGUAAAUUGAGGUCUACCAUACCAGACUUUCUACCUAAAAGACCCCUCCUUUUUCUGAGUUCCCAUUCCCACAAUUUGUGCGGCAGACCAGUUAAGCAGAACCAGGGCCUCUCAAACUGGUAUGUGCCGAAAUGAACUACAACCAAAGAGAACCUAUAGAUCCAAAAAUAGUGAGCUAUAAAUAGAUUAAGCCAACAAACUCUCAGCCCUUCCAUUUCCCGCAACUGGGAAGAGAAAAUCUAUGCCUGCUACUCUUGGAGCUUUGGAGGGGACUGCAAUUCGGUUAAUUUGCGACAGAUCAAGCAGGAAUAGGACGCCAAGACAAUUGUUGCAGCCACAGUAGAGAUGUCACCAAGAAGAUGAAAUUCUGUCAGAUGUAAUUGGUUGCUCGAUGAAUCUUGGUUCCUAAGGCUAGAUCAUUUCAUCUAAAAAAGGCCAGAAAAAGAGGUGGGAGGCGCAAAGAUUUAAGUGGUGGAUUCCUCGCAGGGCACCGCGGGCGGGCAGCCGCCUGUGGAACCGGUUAAGAUGAAGGGCCUUCUCAAGGGCCUCCGAUACAUCUCCCAAAUUUUCGAUCCUAAGGAGACGGAGUCGGAGAUGCAGAUCGGCGCCCCCACGGACGUGAAGCACGUCGCACACAUCGGCUGGGACAACGCCUCCGUCACCAAUCCCACCUGGAUGGACGAGUUCAAGGGUCAGCCGGGAGGCGGCGGGCCGGAACCGUCGUCGCACCCCGGGGCCGCGGGAGCGGAGCAGCCCGGAGGCGGCGGAGGAGCCGGCAAGGCGGAGCAAUCGGAGAAGCCGCGGCGGACGAGAGGGAAGGGGUCGGGGGGCACCGAGGCGAAGCGGCGCGACGGCGGCGACGGAUCCCGGAAUAAGACGAAGGGGGAGGCGGAGGGCGGCGACGGGGAGGCAGCCUCGUCGGCAGCGGCGCCGAAGCAGCGGCGGAGGAAACCGAAGCCGUCGGCGGGCGGCACCUCGUCGGGGCGGUCCAAGUCGUCCUCGGGCGGCGCCGCCUCAUCGGACCCGUCGGCGGCCGCGGACGACGACGGCAAGUCCAAGUUCUAGAGGAGGAAAGUGGGCGGGCGGCAUUGCUUCGCCGCGCGCUGCUCUGCUCUCGCCUGGAUUGUGCUUGGCUUCGCCGCUUGAAUUCGAAUUGGUAUGUUACAGCUCAGUACAUAUGGAGGAGAAGCUUUCGAAUUUGAAACUCUUGGGUUUUCGUUUGGAUCCUCGGAACCACGAGCCCUCUAGAGAGAUUUGGGCCCUUUUUUUUUCCUUCUUCUUUCUUCUCUUUUUCUUUUGUAAUACUGCAUCGUUUGUAUUGGGCCUGUGUUUGGAACAGAUUGUGUUUAGAUGGCGGUGUGACGUGUAGAUGUGGGCUGAGAAAACAAAUGGGCCGUCUGAAUGCUUAGCAUGUGCAAUCUUUUUUUUGUUUUUUCACAUAGAAAUGUCUUCCAUUAUCUAACAAACAAUACAAAGCUAAAUCUCUAGUCAUUCAAGAUAA